AUGAGUGUGAAGCUGCGGGAGUCUUCUCCACCUCGUUGGCCGCAGCUGUUGCUACUGUCGCUGCUUCUGCUGGGGGCGGCACCAGGCCCACGCCGGGGCGACGCUUUCUACCUGCCGGGCCUGGCGCCCGUCAACUUCUGCGAGGAAGAAAAAAAGAGCGGCGAGUGUAAGGCUGAAAUAGAACUAUUUGUGAACAGGCUUGACUCAGUGGAAUCUGUUCUUCCUUAUGAAUAUACAGCGUUUGAUUUUUGCCAAGCAUCAGAAGGAAAACGCCCAUCUGAAAAUCUUGGUCAGGUAUUAUUCGGAGAAAGAAUUGAACCUUCACCAUACAAGUUUACGUUUAAUAAGGAAGAGGCUUGUAAGCUCGUUUGUACAAAAACAUACCAUACAGAGAAAGCUGAAGACAAACAAAAGCUGGAAUUCUUGAAAAAAAGCAUGCUACUAAAUUAUCAGCAUCACUGGAUUGUGGAUAAUAUGCCUGUAACAUGGUGUUAUGAUGUUGAAGAUGGUCAGAGGUUUUGUAAUCCUGGAUUUCCUAUUGGCUGUUACAUUACAGAUAAAGGCCAUGCAAAAGAUGCUUGUGUUAUUAAUUCAGAAUUCCAUGAAAGAGAUACAUUUUAUAUCUUCAACCAUGUUGACAUCAAAAUAUACUAUCAUGUUGUUGAAACUGGGUCCAUGGGAGCAAGAUUAGUGGCUGCUAAACUUGAACCAAGAAGCUUCAAACAUACCCAUAUAGAUAAACCAGACUGCUCUGGACCCCCCAUGGAUAUAAGUAACAAGGCCUCAGGGGAGAUCAAAAUUGCCUAUACUUACUCUGUUAGUUUCCAGGAAGAUAAAAGUAUCAGAUGGGCAUCCAGAUGGGAUUAUAUUUUGGAAUCUAUGCCUCAUACCCACAUUCAGUGGUUUAGCAUAAUGAAUUCCCUGGUAAUUGUUCUCUUCUUAUCUGGAAUGGUAGCUAUGAUUAUGUUACGGACACUGCAUAAAGAUAUUGCCAGAUAUAAUCAGAUGGAUUCUACGGAGGAUGCCCAGGAAGAAUUUGGCUGGAAACUAGUUCAUGGUGAUAUUUUCCGUCCUCCAAGAAAAGGGAUGCUGCUAUCAGUCUUUCUAGGAUCAGGGACACAGAUUUUAAUUAUGACUUUUGUGACUCUGUUUUUUGCUUGCCUGGGAUUUUUGUCACCUGCCAACAGAGGAGCACUGAUGACUUGUGCUGUGGUCUUAUGGGUGCUGCUGGGAACUCCUGCAGGUUAUGUUGCUGCCAGAUUCUAUAAGUCCUUUGGAGGUGAGAAGUGGAAAACAAAUGUUUUAUUAACAUCAUUUCUUUGUCCUGGGUAAGUGAAUUUUUUCAAUAAUUAUUUUCUUCUUAUAGUCAUAAUUUAUAGGUGUUCACAACAGUGUGGUGAGGCCAUUGAACACCCAGUUCGAACCAAUCAGAUUCCACGUCAGAUUCCUGAGCAGUCGUUCUAUACAAAGCCCUUGCCUGGUAUUAUCAUGGGAGGGAUUUUACCAUUUGGAUGCAUCUUUAUACAGCUUUUCUUCAUUCUGAAUAGCAUUUGGUCUCAUCAGAUGUAUUACAUGUUUGGCUUCCUAUUUCUGGUGUUUAUCAUUUUGGUUAUUACAUGUUCUGAAGCAACUAUACUUCUUUGCUACUUCCACUUAUGUGCAGAGGAUUAUCAUUGGCAGUGGCGUUCAUUCCUUACCAGUGGCUUUACUGCUGUUUAUUUCUUAGUGUAUGCAAUACACUACUUCUUUUCAAAACUGCAAAUCACAGGAACAGCAAGUACAAUUUUGUACUUUGGUUAUACCAUGAUAAUGGUUUUGAUCUUCUUUCUUUUUACAGGAACAAUUGGCUUCUUUGCGUGCUUUUGGUUUGUUACCAAAAUAUACAGUGUGGUGAAGGUAGACUGA